AUGGCGACCUGGGAUGCAGGAAACUUGUUAAGAAGUCUGGAAAAUAAGAACAUCACUUAUGGAAGAAAAGAGAUUCAUCUGGUUCGGGACAGAAGGAAUCAGUGGAAACGCAUUAUUCAAGUGGGUAAGUGGAUGCUGAGCAAAGGUCAAGGAGCAACAAUGGCAACUUACGACUGCCUUUUACUGGCAUUUGACAUGGACGGACGAGUGGAUGAGGCCGAGACAUUAUGGGACAUGAUUUUGCAUGCGCAUGAUCGGUCAAUAUCAAAGAGGCUGUUUUCUAGGAUGAUAUCCUUGUACGACCAUCAUAACACACCGGAUAAAGUUAUAGAGGUAUUUGCUGACAUGGAGGAGUUGGGAGUGAAGCCGGACCAAGAUACUGUUGGAAGGAUUGGACGAGCUUUCGAGACGUUGGGUCAAGAGGACAAACGAAGAAUGUUAAUGAUGUAA